AUGGAGUACUCGCCGAAGCUAUCAGCGGUACUGCUCUUAGCUCUCGCGUCCGUCAUGGUGGCCACGGCCCAGAACUCGCCGGAGGACUUCGUGGAAGCCCACAACGCGGCGCGCGCCGACGUGGGCGUCGGGCCGGUGAUCUGGAACGAGACGGUGGCCGCGUACGCGCAGGCGUACGCGAGGCAGCGCCGCGGCGACUGCCGGCUGAAAACUUCUCCGGCGGGCCAUCCGUACGGGGAGAACCUCUUCAGAGGCAGUGGGGCCGACUGGACAGCGGCGGACGCCGUGGCACUGUGGGUGUCGAACAAGCAGUACUACGACCACGACAGCAACACCUGCUCAGCGCCGGCGCUCAAGACGUGCUUGACCUACACGCAGGUGGUGUGGCGCGACUCGACGGCCAUCGGCUGCGCCCGCGUCGUGUGUGCCAGCGGCUUCGGCGUCUUCAUCAUCUGCAGCUACAACCCGCCGGGCAACCUCUUGGGGGAGAGCCCAUACUAG